CCCCCCCCUCCCAAAAUGGCGGCUGAGAAGCUCAGGGAUUUGAGUCCGAUUGACGUCGCCUUGCUUGAUGCCACUGUCGCCGCUUUCUAUGGUACCGGAUCUAAGGAAGAGAGAACGGCAGCUGACCAGAUCUUGCGAGAGUUGCAGAACAAUCCAGAUACGUGGCUCCAAGUCGUGCACAUUCUUCAGAAUACAAAGAAUCUGAACACGAAAUUCUUCGCUUUGCAGGUCUUGGAAGGUGUGAUUAAGUAUAGAUGGAAUGCAUUGCCAGUCGAACAGAGAGAUGGAAUGAAAAACUAUAUUUCUGAAGUCAUUGUGCAGCUUUCAAGUAAUGAGGCCUCUUUACGAAUGGAAAAGCUAUACAUUAACAAGCUUAACAUUAUACUGGUUCAGAUCUUAAAGCAUGAGUGGCCUGGCAGAUGGAGAAGUUUUAUCCCUGAUCUUGUUUCUGCUGCAAGAACUAGCGAAACAAUUUGUGAGAAUUGCAUGGCGAUACUAAAACUGCUGAGUGAAGAGGUUUUUGACUUUUCUAGGGGGGAAAUGACCCAGCAGAAAAUUAAAGAGCUUAAACAGUCAUUAAACAGUGAGUUUCAACUCAUUCAUGAGCUGUGCUUGUACGUACUUUCAGCAUCUCAAAGAAGUGAGCUCAUUCGGGCUACAUUGUCUACAUUACAUGCUUUCCUUUCUUGGAUACCACUGGGAUAUAUUUUUGAAUCUCCAUUGCUGGAAACUCUGUUGAAAUUCUUUCCAGUCCCAUCAUAUCGGAAUCUCACCCUUCAGUGUUUAACGGAGGUUGCAUCACUUAAUUUUGGGGAUUUCUAUAAUGCGCAGUAUGUCAAUAUUUAUAAUAUCUUCAUGGCACAACUACAGGCCAUUUUGCCUCCUGCUACAAACAUUCCUGAGGCUUAUGCAAAUGGUUCUAGUGAAGAGCAGGCCUUUAUUCAGAACCUGGCUUUAUUUUUUACUUCAUUUUAUAAGAAUCAUAUCCGGGUACUGGAAUCAACUCCUGAGAAUGCAACUUCACUGAUACUGGGCCUUGACUACCUUAUAAACAUAUCAUACGUGGAUGACACUGAGGUUUUCAAGGUUUGCUUGGAUUAUUGGAACUCCUUAGUGUUAGAGCUUUUCGAGACACACAAUAAUCUGGAGAAUCCUGCUGUUUCGGCAAACAUGAUGGGAUUACAGGUACAUAUGAUUCCUGGCAUGGUUGAUGGGCUAGGUUCUCAAUUGUUGCACCGGCGACAACUUUAUGCAGGUCCUAUGUCAAAGCUGAGAAUGCUUAUGAUCUGUCGUAUGGCCAAGCCUGAAGAAGUUCUUAUUGUUGAAGAUGAAAAUGGCAAUAUUGUUCGUGAGACAAUGAAGGAUAAUGAUGUUCUUGUCCAAUAUAAGAUCAUGAGAGAGACACUUAUAUACUUGUCACAUCUUGACCAUGAGGACACAGAGAAACAGAUGCUGAAGAAAUUGAGCAAGCAACUGACUGGUGAGGACUGGUCAUGGAAUAAUUUGAACACUUUAUGCUGGGCAAUUGGUUCAAUAUCUGGCUCCAUGAUGGAGGAACAGGAAAACAGAUUUCUGGUGAUGGUCAUUCGUGAUUUGCUGAAUCUGUGUGAAAUCACAAAGGGGAAAGAUAACAAGGCCGUCAUUGCAAGCAAUAUUAUGUAUGUUGUUGGACAGUAUCCCAGAUUUCUGAGGGCCCAUUGGAAGUUUCUGAAAACUGUUGUGAAUAAGUUGUUUGAAUUUAUGCAUGAAACUCAUCCAGGAGUCCAGGACAUGGCCUGUGACACUUUCUUGAAAAUUGUUCAGAAAUGCAAGAGGAAGUUUGUUAUUGUCCAGGUUGGAGAAAAUGAACCAUUUGUAUCUGAACUUCUUACUGGCCUUGCAACAACCAUUGUGGAUCUCGAGCUCCAUCAGAUCCAUUCCUUUUAUGAAUCUGUCGGCCAUAUGAUUCAAGCUGAACCAGAUCCCCAGAAGAGGGAUGAAUACCUCCAGAGAUUGAUGGGACUUCCAAAUCAGAGAUGGAAUGACAUUAUAAGCCAGGCCCGCCAAAAUGCUGAUAUUCUAAAAGACCAAGAUGUUAUCCGGAGUGUACUGAAUAUACUGCAGACUAAUACCAGUGUGGCCAGUUCGCUUGGGACGUACUUCUUAUCUCAAAUUUCGUUGAUCUUCUUGGACAUGCUUAACGUGUAUAGAAUGUACAGCGAACUCAUAUCGACUACCAUCGCUGGCGGAGGCCAAUUUAUCUCCAAAUCAUCCUUUGUAAAACUUUUAAGAUCUGUUAAGAGGGAAACUCUGAAGCUUAUAGAGACAUUCUUGGACAAAGCGGAGGAUCAACCACAAAUUGGAAAACAGUUUGUGCCCCCGAUGAUGGAUCCUAUUCUUGGUGACUAUUUGAGGAACGUGCCGGAUGCGAGAGAAUCAGAAGUUCUGUCACUCUUUGCCACAAUAAUUAACAAGUAUAAGGCUGAGAUGAUAGAGGAUGUGCCUCGCAUAUUUGAAGCUGUAUUUCAGUGCACCUUGGAGAUGAUCACAAAGAACUUUGAGGAUUACCCGGAGCACCGGCUGAAGUUCUUCUCUUUACUCCGAGCCAUUGCUGCUCACUGUUUCCCUGCUUUGAUUAGAUUGUCAAGUCAGCAAAUCAAGCUUGUUAUGGAUUCCAUUAUUUGGGCUUUCCGGCAUACAGAGCGAAAUAUUGCCGAAACAGGGCUCAACUUGCUGCUGGAGAUCCUAAAGAACUUUCAGGCUUCAGAGUUUUGUAAUCAGUUCUACAGGACAUAUUAUUUGACGAUAGAGCAGGAAAUCUUUGCGGUUUUAACGGAUACGUUCCAUAAACCUGGGUUCAAAUUACAUGUUUUAGUGCUGCAACACCUAUUUUGCCUUGUGGAAAGUGGUGCUUUGACAGAGCCUCUGUGGGACUCCUCCUCGUCCACUGUUCCUUAUCCAUAUCCAAAUAAUGCGAUGUUUGUUCGUGAGUACACCAUCAAGCUGUUGGGAACGUCAUUCCCCAACAUGAGCCCAGCAGAGGUUACUCAAUUUGUGAAUGGGCUCUUUGAGUCGACGAAUGACCUCUCCACAUUUAAGAAUCACAUAAGGGACUUUCUUGUCCAGUCUAAGGAGUUUUCAGCUCAGGAUAACAAGGACCUAUAUGCAGAGGAGGCUGCUGCUCAAAGGGAAAGGGAACGACAGAGGAUGCUGUCUAUUCCAGGGCUCAUUGCACCCAACGAGAUUCAAGACGAGAUGGUGGACUCAUAAAUUGCCUCCAUCUUCUUCUCUAUAGCUUAUAAAAAUUUGCCGCAAUGCCUCCCCUCCCCCCAAAACCGGAGGUUUUGACUUGAUUAGCAGUGCCUGGGCAGCCUCAAAUCUGAAGUGCGUCUACGAACUGGACUGAUUUACCUUCACUAGCUAGCGGUUAUUUUCUGUGCCUAGAUCUAAUUGAACUGGUUAAGUGUCACGGGAAAAGUUGCCAUUGAGCUUGGGAGAAUGGGGCUGCUGGUGGUGAUAAUAGUCUUGGGGCUCGGGUGUUAAAAAAGUAAAACAGAUUAUUAGGUGCUGCUGAUUGUAGGCAGAAACUGAGCCAUGGCCAGAGGACCAGAGGAAGAGGAGGGUAAGUGAGUAAGGCUGUAUUUUUGUUUGACUAGUAGGGGAGUUGGAGACAUUUUUAGUGGAAAUGUCUCAUUUUCAAUCAUACUGAUGGUUUGAUUAUUGUCGUUAUGGUAGGAGAUAGUCCAUGGUGCAUUGAUAGACGGGUUGUGCGGCUAUCGAUCUAGAUCUAUCCGUUGCGCUGUCUUAUUUUCCUCUCUUUCUUUCUUUCUCGGAUUGUUAUAUCUUAUUUCCAUUUUAUUAUUUUUGUUAUUAUUAUUAUCUCUUUGGGGGAAAUCUGUCAAAACUUUUUGGGUACUCUAUUGUGUUGGAAUGAAACUCACCAGUAUGAAUAGGUUUCUCGCUUG